CGGAGACCCGUGCACGGCUUUAAAAACCCAGCCAGAUCACCACAGCGCCGAAUUCCCCAAAGCCAAAAGAACACCACGGCGAGCAAUCCCCCACCUUAAAAGCGAAAGCAAGGAGAGAUCCCAUGGCCGGUGGUGGGCAGCAGUCGGUGUCGUUCCUGACGAAGGCGGCGAAGGCGGCGGCGGGCCUGGGCCUGGCGGCGUCCGCGGUCUCCACGUCCCUCUACACGGUGGACGGCGGGCAGCGCGCCGUCAUCUUCGACCGCUUCCGCGGUGUGCUCCCGGAGACGGUGUCGGAGGGCACCCAUUUCCUGGUCCCCAUCCUCCAGAAGCCCUUCCUCUUCGACAUCCGCACCCGUCCGCACAGCUUCUCCUCCACCUCCGGCACCAAGGACCUCCAGAUGGUCAGCCUCACGCUCCGCGUCCUCUCGCGCCCCGACGUCGACCGCCUCCCGGACAUCUUCACCUCCCUCGGCCUCGAGUACGACGACAAGGUGCUCCCCUCCAUCGGCAACGAGGUGCUCAAGGCCGUCGUCGCGCAGUUCAACGCCGACCAGCUCCUCACCGAGCGCCCCCAGGUCUCCGCGCUCGUCCGGGACGCACUCAUGCGCCGCGCCCGCGAGUUCAACAUCGUCCUCGACGACGUCGCCAUCACCCACCUCGCCUACGGGCACGAGUUCGCGCAGGCCGUCGAGAAGAAGCAGGUUGCGCAGCAGGAGGCCGAGCGCUCCAGGUUCCUCGUCGCACGCGCCGAGCAGGAGAGGCGCGCUGCCAUCGUCCGCGCCGAGGGGGAGAGCGAGGCCGCGCGCCUCAUCUCUGAGGCCACGGCCGACGCGGGCAACGGCCUGAUCGAGCUCAGGAGGAUCGAGGCGGCCAAGGAGAUCGCUGGCGUGCUGGCUCGCUCGCCCAACGUCUCGUACAUCCCCUCCGGUGACAACGGCAAGAUGCUGCUCGGGCUCAACGCCGCCCGGUGAAUGGGUCGUCUCUUACCCUUUAAUUAGUGGUCCAUUGAAAUGCUUUAAUAAUCUCAGAUGCAUCGACAUAGUUAUAGUUUUGCGAUACGAUUGGAGGUUGUUACGAUGGUACUACAGUGCUCAUAAUGUUCCGCUGAUGGAGAAUUUAUUACACAAUUCCUGCAUUUUGUUUCCAAAAUUAUGCUCAGUCUAUGCCUGUGAUGAUCUCUUGUUGAA